AUGAACGCGGCCAAGGAACCAGAGGUUCCAUUCGAUGUGAUUGCCAAGUACACGUACGAGUCCAUCCAUGAUGGUGAUUUGAACUUUGAGGAUGGUCAGAGGAUUGAAGUUAUAUCUAUAGAGGACAACCAGUGGUACUAUGGGCAUUUUGUGGACGGAGCCGGAAAUGAACAAGAGGGUAUCUUCCCCAAGAAUUACGUUGAGGUGGCACAAGAUGAUAUACAUUCCGCACCCACCGGGGGGAUUGGGAUGCAUGCAGGGCACUUCCCAUCGUUGGACCCUGCUGCACAGAUGCCUUACGCGGUGGAGGCGCGGCGGGAGGAGCGGCGCGAGGCGCCGGAACUGGUGAAGCUACACGCAGGGCCGGUGUUCACACCAGAGACGACGCCAGUGACGGCGCGGGACAGCAAGCUAGCGCGGGGGAGCGCGGUGAUUGGGGAGGAGAGCUCUGCGGGGGUAGUGGAGCCGCCUCAGUUUAGCUUCAAGGAGCGACUCGCGUUGUUGCAGGAGCACCAGCGGCGCGAGUCGGAGCUGCUGAAGCGCAUCCAUGCGGAGCGCACACAAGAGGAUGCGGAUACGCUCCAUGAGGGCGCAGCGCGCCGGAGCUCGUUCCUUGACUUGGACUAUGCGUACCCCGCAGGGGCGGAUGAGACAGAUACGCAGCGCGUUGCGGAGAAGGAAGCUGAAGAAGAGGACGAGGAGGAAGAUAAUGCGGGUCUCAAGCUUUCAGAGGAGUCUAGGCGCGCAGCAAUACGGAACCGGAUGGCUGUAUUGUCCACCGCGGGGCGCUUUGGCGUGGCGGGCGCGUUCAAUCCGUUUAGCGUGGCGGUUGCCGCGGGGCUCGAAGCCGAGCCUCAACCACGCGCUGCGGAGGCCAGAAAAGAGGAGCCUGUGGCGGCACCCAUUCCUGUUCUCCCAGGCGCCACCGGUGCGUCUCUCAACUUCCGCCGUUCCUCGGAGACCACUGCAUAUUCGACGCAGGCCGAUCAGCCGCUCGAGGACUCGGGCUCUGAACUUGGCGUCGGCGACAAGUCGGACGAUAUCUCGUUGAAUCUCAAUCCCAUGUCGAUCGACACGCCGGGCAACUUGGCCGACGAAGAGAGCGAGGCGUACUUCGACAAAGAGGCCGAUAUUGGGUCUGGCUUUAAGUCAGCCGAUACAGUGACCACGGGUCCUGAGACCAGCGAGGCAAUCAUCGCCAGUCUUGCCUCGAAGAUUGUGAUGCCCCGGUUGACUAGCGAGGACCCAUCUGAGGACUACCAGUUGCACGCAAAGUUGGUGGCAGAGGUCCCCUCCUUAGCCGGUAUUGGCAGGGAUUCAACGACCUCUGAUCGAGUGUCCCCCACUCGGAACGAGCGGGAUAUUUCGUCGCCUGUAUCCCCCUCGGGUCGCGCAUUUAAAGGAAGCUUAGAUUCCGCCAGGAGCUCGAAGGAUUUCGGCGCGUCCUCGAAAGUGGCACCUUCGCUCGCGAAUUUCGCCACGAUUGCUCCUACUCCUGCUCCGAAGGUCUCUCAUACUUCCUCUACGUCUGCUUCCCCAACGAGGAGAAAGUCACCGUCACCUGUUUCGGAGGCUACAGCGAAGAAGGCAGCACCUCCCCCACCUCCUUCCACAGUAGGUGCACAUACAGACUUGGAAGCACCUACUAUGGCACCUCCACCUCCACCAAUUGGUCAUUUGGAGGAUGCGAAGGAGCCAAGUGUAAGUUUUGGCAAGUCUUCUAAAAGCUACAAGAGCCGGUCUCUUCGUGAAUUUGCCGGUAGGAGCAUGCGCGAGCAGCAUGCAUCCGUUCGUGAAACAACGAGAAGCGUGGUAGAUAGGCCUAAGAGUACCGCGCUAGAGCCGGCUAAAGUAUCGCUACAGCCAGCUAGGACCCUAGAGCCCAAACGUACACCAAAUGCUAUAUCAAAGUUUGCACCUCCACCUCCACCUCCAACUAACACAACUGUUACUAUGCCUACAUCCAGCACACAAAUUGGCGCUGUGUUGGAUCUAUCUACAAAGGACUCUGUUGAUGACGGGUUGAUUGGCGAUGCUCAUGAACCUACAAUUAAGUUUGAGAGGGACGAUACGUGGUGGUUGGAAAAAACGGUACCAAAGUCUUUGGUAAACAGCAGGGGUAAGUUCAUUUGGGAGGUUGACGAGAAGCUUAUCGAAAAGCGCCAUGGAGCAAGGAUGGUAUGCCGUGAUUUUUACUUUUUAUUUGAAGACUAUUCCCAGUUGCAUUCAUGUGUUGUCUACAAUGAGCAGGACUCUAUUCAUACUGUAAAAUACUGGGAAGAAGUCAUUCCUUUCGACCCCGAGGAGGCCUUGGCUGUUGAAUCUACGGAUAUGAACAGCCAGCUUUUCGCUAAGGCAUACGAUAUGCUAGGCAAGACUACCAAAAAGUUUAUUCCAACUUUAUUCUCAGAACUUCCUAGUCUUAUUCCUCCGAUUGAAAGCUGCACUUAUGGCGUCACGGUUCUAACAUACGAUGCAGGUGGUACGCUUGAUUCUGAGGCUAUGAAAUCUGUUAAGCUUGGCGAUUUACUAGUUAUUAUGUCAGGCCAUUUUGUUACUCAUGCGAGAUUGCUACACAGAAGCAAGUUUGAGGUUACACCAGAUAAGCCCCGUGUUAGCAUUAUUAGCGAGUAUGACUACAAUAAAAAGAAGAUUCGAGUCAUCGAAGAUCACAAUGGUAAGGUUAGACAGGGUAGCUACAAGCUAUCUGAAUUUGUCAAAGGCCAAAUGAAGAUUUGCAGGGCUGUCACUAGGAAUGUUGUAGGAUGGUGA